AUGGCAGCGCCACAGCCGACAAUCAACGACCUCGCCGCCAAGAUUAGCGAGCUCUCGGCCGAGUUCACCAAAUUCUUGACCGAGAACAAGAUCACUCAGCCUACUUUUGCCGCGGACAGUGUCACAAGCUAUGAUGGUCUCACCUCGGAAGCUUUUCUGCUUCGUCAGAAGCUGUUGGACACCGCCAACGAUUUGUCAUACCUGGUGUCAGGACCAAGCGAGAGCAUCUUCAACUACACCCACAACAUGUCUCCCGAUGCCGCGUCGCUGAAUAGCCUCAACCACUUCGAUUUCUGGUCUGCCGUGCCCAUCGAUGGCGAUGCCUCGUACGCAGACAUCGCGAAGCACGUCCGCCUCCCCGAAGAAGUUGUCCACCGCGUCCUCGACCACGCCUUCACCCUGCGCAUCUUUGAGGAGACUGAUCCCGGUAAACCCUUCACAACGCGUGUGCGCCACACCUCGCGCUCAGCGGCGCUGCUGAAGAACGCCGGCCUCCGAGCAUUGGUUGAGGCUCUCAUGAACGACGCUGGCCCGGCUAUGGGAGUGCUUCCCUACGCUUUGGAGAAGUACCAGCGCGAUAGAACGGAGCUGAGGGAGGACAUGACCGAGACGGCAUUUGCGCUGUAUCACUCUGGCGAGCUCUGUGGCGGGUACACCAAUUCAUGGGAGCUGCUGGAGAAUGACGGCGAAGGCGAGAACAAGGGAUUCCGUCAGAGAAACUUUGUCAAGUGGAUGAAUUACAUCAAGGAGAUCUUCCGCUUAGAGGGACUAGUCAACAGCGCCUACGAUUGGAAGGCCGCUGGUGACUUUAGCGUCGUCGAUCUCGGCGGUUCUGGUGGUCACGACAGCUUCGUCCUAGCAAAGAACUUCCCCAACCUCAAGAUUACCGUUCAGGACCUGCCCAACUGCCAAACGUCUUUCGACCAGAAUAUCCCCGAGGAACUCAAGGGCAGAGUGACCUUCCAACCCCACAGCUUCUUCGAGCCCCAGCCCCUGCAAGCCGACUUGUACAUGAUCAAGCUGAUCCUCCACGACUGGCCCGAUGCGGAGUCUAUCAAGAUCCUCCAGGGUCUCACGCCGGCACUGCGCCCUGGCGCUAAGGUCCUCUUCAUCGACUACGUGGGCAAGCAGGGUGACGUCGAGGAGAACGCUGCGGCGGCGGCGGCGCUGCCCAAAUCUAUCCAGCAGAUGGGCACUUCCACGGAUCUGAGAAUGAUGGGCCUGUUCAGCGCAAAGGAGAGGCCCGUCGACGCCUGGACGGAAUUAUUCAAGAAGGCUGAUGAACGGUAUGAGAUCAAGCGCGUCGAGGCGAAUCCCUUGACUUUCUUCGUCAUCAUCGAGGCUGUUUGGCGGGGUUGA